AUGUAGUCCUGUGAUCCCGUAGAGGGGUGGGCUGGAGGGUUGGAAGGGGGUGGAGAUCUGGCAGGGGCUGGAGAAGAAAGCAUGAAGAGAGGAAACAUCACAGGCCCCUGAGCAUUCGGGGCUGGGCAGCCGAACAGCACUUACCUAGAGCUACUGGGACACUGGACAUGAAGCUCUUGCCCUCCAAGAUGGACCUCAAGACUGCCCUAGAGGUCUUCGCUGUUUUCCAAUGGACCCUCAGCAUCGUGAUGAUUAUAACCACUGUGAUCCUUGUCAACCUCUACCUGGUGGUGUUCACACCAUACUGGCCUGUCACUGUGCUCAUUCUCACCUGGCUGGCUUUUGACUGGAAGACCCCUCAGCAAGGUGGUCGCCGGGUCAACUGUGUAAGGAAUUGGAAGCUGUGGAAACACUACAGUGAUUACUUCCCCCUCAAGCUUUUGAAGACUCAUGAUAUCUCCCCCAGCCAGAACUACAUCCUUGUCUGCCACCCUCAUGGGCUCAUGUCUCAUUCAUACUUUGGCCACUUUGCCACAGAGAGCUCAGGCUUCUCCAAGAUCUUUCCUGACAUCACACCUUACCUACUCACACUAGGAGCCUUUUUCUGGGUGCCUUUCUUCAGAGACUAUCUCAUGUGUUCAGGGUGCUGCUCUGUGAGCCAAUCCUCCAUGGACUUUCUGCUUACGCAUAAAGGCACAGGCAACAUGCUGGUUGUGGUGGUUGGUGGCCUGGCUGAGUGCAGAUACAGCCUGCCAGGCUCUACCACCCUGGUCUUGAAGAACCGGACUGGCUUUGUACGCACGGCCCUUCGGCAUGGGGUGGCACUAAUCCCUGCCUAUUCCUUUGGGGAGACAGACCUCUACAAUCAGUACAUUUUCCCUCCUGGGAGCUUGGGCAAUCGCUUCCAGAAGUUGUUCCAGCGUAUGGUACACAUCUACCCUUGUGCUUUUUAUGGGCGUGGCUUCACUGAGAACUCCUGGGGCCUUUUGCCCUAUGCUCGGCCUGUAACCACCAUUGUUGGGAAGCCUCUACCAGUGCCCAAGAUUGAAAACCCAAGCCAGGAGAUGGUGGCUAAAUACCACGCACUCUAUAUUGAUGCACUAUGUAAACUGUUCGACCAGCAUAAGACCAGAUUUGGCAUCUCAGAGACCCAGGAGCUGGUGAUAGCUUGACACACAUUCCCAGCAGGCUCUCAGCCCAGCUGGAAGGUGUGGAACCAGGGAAAGAGGAGGACGAAAGUCACCUAUGGGGUUCUUGCUCCUGAUUUGGCCAGUCCUCCAUGUGAGGAGGGGCUGUUCAUUUGGUUGUUUUCUGGACCCCUCUUCCUCCAUUUCACUCCUCCUUCCAGCUCUUCUCUGCCUUUUCCUUGGGGCUACAAGGGAGCUAGCCUCAAAAGGCAGGGAAGGCCCUAGGGGAGAGGUACCCUGAAGGCUUCCUCACAUAUGCCCACUCAGCAUCAGCACUGAGGAUGGACAGAAUAAAGAGCCCACCUUCUGA